AUGGCCGCUCUGCGCACGGCGACUCGCCUUGCGGCGCCAUACCGAGCUGCUGCCCUUCGCCCGUCCUUCGCGGCAAGAUCCUAUGCCACCGUCACCGAAUCGGUCGAGACUGGCGGCAAGAGCACUUUCGCACCACCCUCGCAGACUUCGACGGUAGAGGAACCCAAGAAGGAUCCCGAGGCCAAAAUCAAGACCUUCCACAUCUAUCGGUGGAAUCCCGACGAGCCCACCUCGAAGCCUCGCAUGCAAUCCUACACUCUCGAUCUGAACAAGACCGGUCCCAUGAUGCUCGAUGCGCUCAUCAGAAUCAAGAAUGAAGUCGACCCGACCCUAACUUUCCGACGAAGCUGCCGUGAGGGUAUUUGCGGUAGCUGUGCCAUGAAUAUUGAUGGCGUCAACACCUUGGCUUGUCUUUGCCGGAUACCUACCGAGACCACCAAAGAGUCGCGCAUCUAUCCCCUUCCCCACACCUACGUCGUCAAAGACCUGGUGCCCGACUUGACUCAGUUCUACAAGCAAUACAAGUCGAUCAAGCCUUACCUUCAGCGAGAUGAUCCCUCACCAGACGGCAAAGAAUACCGGCAAUCGCCAGCAGACCGCAAAAAGCUUGACGGUCUAUACGAGUGCAUUCUAUGCGCGUGCUGCUCGACAUCGUGCCCUUCAUACUGGUGGAACUCCGACCAAUACCUCGGUCCCGCCAUGUUGCUCCAGUCUUACCGUUGGCUCGCCGAUUCCCGCGAUCAGCGUACGGCGGAGCGAAAGGAAGCUCUUGACAACAGCAUGAGCUUGUAUAGAUGUCACACCAUUCUCAACUGCUCAAGGACUUGCCCUAAGGGUCUGAACCCUGCAAAGGCUAUCGCUGAGAUCAAGAAGAGCAUGGCGUUUGCUUAA